GGCGGAAACCGGCCCCCGCCAUGGCGGCGACUGCAGGCCUUGUGGACUGUCACUGCCACCUAGCGGCGCCCGAGCUGCAGCCGGACCUGGAGGACGUGCUGCGAGCAGCCAAGGAGGCUAAAGUUUUGGCCCUUGUGGUAGUUGCUGAACAUUCAGGAGAAUAUGAAAAAAUUAUGCAGCUUUCAGACAGGUUUCCAGGGUUUGUUUUCCCAUGUCUAGGAGUUCAUCCAGUUCAAGGCAUUCUUAGCAGGGAGCAGCCGGAAGACCAUCGCAGUGUUACUUUAAAGGACCUUGAUGCUGCAUUGCCACUUAUAGAACACUAUAAAGAUAGCUUGUUGGCAAUUGGAGAGGUUGGACUGGAUUUCACUCCUAGAUUUGCCAGCACCGAUGAACAGAAGGAGGAACAAAGACAAGUCUUGAUCAAGCAGAUUCAGUUAGCGAAAAGACUGGGUUUGCCUUUAAAUGUCCAUUCACGGUCAGCUGGAAGACCAAAUAUUAACCUUUUAAAAGAACAAGGUGCUGAAAAGGUGUUGCUCCAUGCAUUUGAUGGAAGGCCAUCUGUGGCGAUGGAAGGAGUGAAGGCUGGAUAUUUCUUUUCCAUUCCUCCUUGCAUUAUAAGGAGUGAACAGAAGCAAAACCUUGUGAAACAGUUGCCUUUAGAAAAUAUGUGCUUAGAAACCGACUCUCCUGCUCUAGGCCCUGAAAAACAGGCUGGAGUUCAAGCUUUUGUUUCCAUGACAGAGCAGGUAAAUGAAUUUGAGAGAGUGAUCAGUCUAGCAGAAAGGUUGGUUUUGCUAUGUGCUUUUUCCCAGUACAAAGAUUUUUUUUCUAUCAGAGAAAUAAUAAACCACUUAUCCCUUAAAAGAACCCUUACCAGCACUUGUCUUCUCUGGAUCCCACAAUGCUGUACAGAGGUGAAGAUUUUUACUCUCCUGACUUCGCUCACAGAAAAAGGGAAACAGAGACAUUAAUUGAUUGGCCACAAUGUUGCUUGCCAUCACAUCCAAUUUCCCACCACCUGACCUUUCUGAGUAGUCAUUUAUAUCAGUGCCCAAUGAGUGUAAAAUACUCCUGUUCUGAACUGCUAGAAUGUUACACUUACUACUAACUGGUAUAAAUGACAAAUUAGGCUAGUAGUAUGGAAUCAGGUCCGUGUGAAUCCGUGGAAGAGCCAGGAAUGGCACCUGUGGUUUUAACUUUUAGGCUUGGCCUACACUACAAAGUUUUUUGGCAAAGCUGUGUUGAUGCAGCAUUUCACAACCCAUGGGUCAUGACCCAAAAGUGGGUCACAACAAUAUAUGAAACAAUUGCAAACGAACUUUAAAAAUGGAUCAACAAACUUAAAAAAUUAAUUCUCCUUUAAAGGAGAGAAAUGUGGGAAACUGGAUUUUCCCUUGCAGGCUAGCAGAGUUCCACUCUGGGCAUGUGUGGGGCUGGGGCCUGGACAUGUGGGGCAGUGGGUCGGGAGUGAGGGGCACUGGGCCGAGAUUGGACAUCAAUGUUUACAAAUCGAUCCUGGUACAAAAAAGGUUGAGAACCACUGGAUUAGGGGACCAUCAGACCUUUUACCAACUUAACUGUUCCAAGAAACCUCCCCUUCCACAACAUCUACACAUAGUGAUGCCAACAGAAAAGGGCUUCUGACCACAGAGCUCCUGUUGGUCAAGGAGAUGGAGUGGCAAAGCUAGUAGGAAAUUUCCAGAUGCCGUCAUGUAAUGCACCUCCACCUAGGGACUUUGUCAGCAGAGCUAGGUGGCCAGUAGCCACUAUAGAAAAGUCCUGAGACUUGUGCCUUGUCCACUGGCCCUUUCUGAUUUAAUGCUAAGGUUUUGGUAGCUGUAUGCUUAAAACAACGGGGGGGGAAUGAGUCAGAUCUACAGUCUUGCAUGUGUGCCUGCUAAUGAAAAUGUGAACAGGCCAAGUCUGAAAAAAGGAAACAAUAAGAUGAUGUGGUACAUGGGCUCUCAGGGGCCUGCAGGCAACCCCUAACCUCCUCUUCUUCCAAGGAAGCAACAUGAUUGGAAGCUAUAAUAUUCUAGUUACCUGUUUUGCAGGACCUCAUUGCCCAGAACUGUUAGUUGCUAUCUGACAGCUAAGGCUAUGGAAUAAAGGGGGUUAGGCUUUAUACUUGAAAUAAAAUAUACUUGAAAUAAAAAGUCUGUAGGGUUUUACUGGGGGCUGCACACAAGCAGUUAAAAGCAGAGUUAGGCUUCUAGUCAGCUGUGGUGUUUGCUCUAUAGCAAGAUACUUCUGUUGUGACACAGGAAAUCAAGAUAAAUAUAUUCUUGGAUGUGUGCUGGGGGGAAAUUACAUAUCUAUAUCCUCUCUUGUAAGGAAGAACAGACCACAGUGUUGUCUCUCUAAACAGAGCUGUUGAAUACAAAUUAACCUAACGGUUGGUUUUGACUUAUUAUAGAUAAGAAUUGAUGCAGCGGAACAGGCUAACACAAAAAAUCUGCUUUAUGAAAGGCAGAAGUUAGAGCAGGGUGGCAUGUUAGAGACUCACUGGUUCAGAGAGCCAUAAGAUGUCAUAGGCAACAGCCAACUUUUUCAAAUGCUAAAGUCAGAAGCACCUCUGUGCUUUAUGAAAAUAAUUGUUUGUGUAUGUGUGCAUCAGUGAGAGAAACAACGAAUUGAAAGAUAUCUGUAGGCAUAGGGGUAAAACUAUUUUUUUUCUUUGUCUAUAAAAGCAAAAGGAAAAAUCCUGGAAAUAUCAAGACAGCAAAGAUUAAUUUUCAACAUAUUUUUUCACAUGUGUGAAUGUAUGAAUCAUGUGUACAAAGAGCCAGACUGGCAGCCUGGAAGACCGGAAACCUCCCUCUAUUCAUAAUAUGGGGUAUCAGGAGAUAUUGUUUUACAAUGUCCUGCCAGAGUAUCUCAGUCCUGGCUUUAAGCUUAUCUCCAGAUAAAAAGUGUACCAUUUCAAUCAGCAGCUCGGCACCAGCUGAGGCAGGACCAGAAUCCCUCCUGGGAGCCUUUACCCCCAGGGGCAACCCUUCACUGCCCUUGCCCAGCUGUAGGAGCAGUCUCACACUCAGCAGUGCAUCUGGGGGUGGGGGCCAAGCAGAAUGGUACUCCCCAUGACCUAGGGAUUUUUUUCUCACAGCAGGCACAGCCUUGCACCUAGUAGCAUAUCUGGGAGGACUGGAGCAAAGGGGACCCCCAGAGCAGCUCCCACAGGACUGCUGUGCUGGACUCCCUUUCUGCUGCUGUUGCCUGGCCUACCCCACCCCUGCCCUGGGUGCUGAAUUACCUUGCUACACCUCUGACUGGUAUAACUAACUGAUCCAACUUCUCUUAGCAUGAAUGCAAUGCUAUCGAUCUGAAAGAGCUUUAUAGUGGUCCACAAAUUAGCUGCACACCAUCCCUGAGUAUUACACUAAUUCCUUUCUUUUACCCAAUCUGCUGCUGUAUUUUCUGCUUCCUUCCCUGUGCUCCCUGUCUGAUCCAGUGCUCUCAUUUCUGCUUCCUGUCCUAUCUGCUGCUGUACUGCCUGUCCCUUCCCCAAACUGCCAUAUGCCAUACAUACAGGCUACACACAGGGUACCAUGUGUGGCACCUGUGUUGCUGGUUGCCCCCCCCCCCAGUCUAGCCGUUCCUACACAGGAAGGAGAUUGCUAGUAUACAGUAUAUCCCCUCCAAGGAAUAAUGCUACCAGUGAAUAGGCACAUGCCUCAUUCACUGUCUCUAUGCCAAAAUUAUGCAUAGAUCAGGCUUUUGAGAGUGUGCAUAGAGGUGAAAGGAUAGUUCCAUUGUCAUGGGCCCUUCAGUCCCAAUGGCUUUGGUGGGAAUUACAAUGAAGCCAAUCAAUGCUGCUGGUGGGUGCUCUCUGUCAUGGCAUACUUUGGGGUCCAUCUGAUUCAGAACAGAGCACAAGGACACCACAGUGUAACUGUCCAGGUGAUUAGGAAGAGUUUCCAGUGCUGUCCUUUCUACUCCAUUUCUCCUGUCUCUUAGCUCCUGUUUAUGAAUCUUAAGCCCUGUUUUUAUUUACGUUAAAGUUUAGUACAGGCCCUUUAUUCUGUCUGCAGCAUAGCUCAUAAUAUGUCUGCUUUUUUUCUCAGAGACAUGAAGAAGGCUACUUGGUAUCCAAAAUCUCCCAACUACACAAUUAGUCCAAUAAAAGAUAUCACCCAUAAAAAUCUUUGCCUCUUGCAUUGUUCCUGGACCAACCUUCUCUUCAACUCUACCUUUGCUACUGUAGGAAGGCCAUUCUGUGCUUGGCCAGUAGAGGGCACCAUGUGAUUAAGAGGCUUAUGAUUUCCCCUUAGACACCACAAGGAUACCCUUCAUUUUAGAGCAGCUUUUGCACUUCACAAAUACAGCUUUGAUUAAUCUCAGCAGACAUGUGGGUGCAGCUUGCAGCAGAGAAGAGGGCACACUGGGCUGUUUGUCCUCAGAGGAGGGUAAGUAACGUUCUCAGUGUGGUCCUGGCUGGUGUGGUCCUGCCACCACUGGAGGCAGCCCUAAUCUUUGAUGCAGGAUUCCUUUGGAGCCUUGCUGGUAGAUGCUGAUGUGAGGAGGUGCUGAACUAGCAUACCCUCUUGAUAUUAUGACCAAGCUUCCUCCCUUAGGCUGCUCUUUGCAAUAGCUGGACCAUGUGGCUGACUCUGACCACCAGCAGAAUGGAAAUGGAAGCAUACAGUGACACUAUGCAAGAGGUUAGGACAGGAGGUGCUGAAAAAAAAAUCAUCCAUUGGAAAUUGCAGUGACACCUUGUAAAAAAAAUUGCCCUCUGCUCUUUAAUGGUUUGAAGUGGUCUCCAGCUAAGUUGUAGGUCUCCUUUGAAAGAUGGCCUCUCAAGCACCACAGUGGUUCUGAAAGUGCCUGUAAUUCCCGUUUACUUCUCUGAAAGAUACAAGUGCUUAGCUCUUCUUAGGGUUAGGCUUUCUGUCUCAGUUUGCAGGACUGGCCAAAAUUGCACCCAAGGCUUUAUGGCAGCAGUCCUGACAAGCUUGUUCUUGGGCAGGCUCUUAUAGUGGCUCAGGACUCGCUGUCCCUUAGCAAUUACUAUGAGUGCCUGAAAGAGCAAAUCUCUUUCUUUUUUUUCUUAAUAAGCCUUGGUUAAAAAAAGGUCAGCUAAGUAUUACAGCAGCCAUCAUUAGAAUUAUAUGUUGAAUUGCCUCUGUUCUAUGGCAGUGCUGUUGCUAUGAUGCUAGCAUGCCCAACUUUGCACUUUUGUUUACAAUUAAAGUUAUAAAGCAAUACAAACUUUGUAUAAGAUUUUAUUUUCCUUGAUUGUAUCAAACAAAGCAUUUAAACUGUAGCUGGUUUAUUCUGGGGCUUGGAACCUGCCUUUCGGCUCUUUGAGAAGCACAAAGACAAGUUAGUGGCUAUUGAAGAGGUAACACAUAUUCAUUUAAAAAAAAAUAAUCCUGGUUUACUUGAGUCUUCCAUUUUUUUGACCUGAUGGUCUGUGUAAUACAUUUCUAUGUGUGGUUUAUAGAGCGAAUAUUUCUAUCUAUAGAUAGAAAUAACACUGAGAUUUAAAACAAAAAUAUUCUGAUUGAUUUUGAUGGGAGGGGAAAAUAAUCUAUCAUGAGUUGUUAUUGGACAUUUUUGAGGUUCUACUAGACUCCUCCAACAAGUACAGUAGUAGGGAAUAUGAGUGAGCUAUUGUAGUCAUCUUUACUAGCAUGGGGAAGUCUUAAGAUUGUAAGAUUAACAAGAUAUGACCUUCUAUGGUUUAUAACAAUCCUAUGUGCCUUAUAUUGUAACUUAUAUAUAAGGAUUACUCUGGCUUCUACUCUUGGGUUUUAGUUGUCAUGGGUUUUGCUAGUGCCCCACUUGAAGAUUCAAUUGGCAAAAGCAUUGGAAUUUCUAGGUGUUUUGAAGGGGACACUACACUUUGUGGAUUUUCUUUGCAGAUUGGGCUAAUUUCACUCUAUGGCUUGUGCCCACCUCUCUUCAACAUGAGGAACAGCAGAAAGUCUUUGCAGCUGGAUAUAGCCAAACAGCCUAUAGACCUGCUAAUGUGAGUCAGAGGCCUUUCAUAUAAAAUGUUUCUUACACAUCAAAUCUUAACUAAAGCUCAGCACCUCUCUCCCAAAUUGCUGCUCAGCAGCGAGACGUCUCUCAAAGAGCAUUAGAAAUUGUUUGAAGUUUAAAAUUUAAUUCGAAUAGUCAAUGGUAUGAGAGAAAAAAAACAUAUAACCCUAAAGAGCCAUUUUCAUCUGGGAAGACCAAAUAUAUAUGAAAAGAAUAGGAAAGAAUGCUCCUUUCUAACUGCACCAUCAUUAAAGGGUGGGAGAUUUUCUGACAUUUCUUCUUAAAGAUGAAUUAUUGUACAAAGGAGUUUAAUUUGUGUAUGCUUUAUCUGUUAGAUGAGAACUGAGGUCAGCUUCCCAAAUAAAACCCAAUUAGAUUUCAGAUCUGUAUUCUUUCAAAACUUCCUUUUAUGCCACAGUCAUUCACAAAAGAAGUCACAGGGUGAAACUUUGUUCCCAUUGAAAUGAAUGGCAAAACACCCAUUGACUUCAGUAGGGCCAGGGCUUCAUGGAGAGAGGGUUUUGUCACUGAUUUUGGUGGAAGCAGAACCAGGCACCUACACUGCAGCAUUAUCCCUCUUAUCUGGUUCUCUCACCUAAAACCCCUUUUGUCCAAAUUCAGGUUUUAUCCAUUUAUAGGGAAGAACUCUUCCUCCUACGCAAACCGUUUAUUGGAAUAAUUUCUGUGGCUCAGAUUUUGAUUUGGGCUACACUGGUGUUAUACUAGCAUAAAUGAGAUCAGCACCCCAGCCCCUCCCUCUUAUGAUAGAUGGAUGGUUUUCUACAGUACUUGAGGUGCAAGCAGUUGGGGGUAAUUAGAAAUAAACUAUUGGAGAUUUUAUGUUUAAUUUCAUGAGACAAAUAUUAACAUCACAGAGCAGAAAGACCAGGACUGUAAUGAUCAUCUCAUGCUUCUCUUAUUGCUACCCUUUAGCAUUCAGCUCACGUUGGAAAGAGAGUAAUAGCAGUUUUGUGAAUAAGUGCCACACCUGUUGUGCUUGCAGGGCUAGACAGCAGAAUCUAAACAAAUCCAGUCCAAUCAAAACCAUUAAGAAUGUCUGUCCUAAAAUCUUGGAAACGGAAGACAGAUGAGAAAAAUAAAGGAAGAGGAUAUAAACAUGUCUCCAGCAGUGAUCACAUUAGAAAACAAAUCUUUAGAAAAAUAAUGGACCAAAUCCCCCAUUAGGCCAGUUUAAAUGCUCCAGGGAGGUCAGGGGUAGGGGGAAGAAUGUCUCAGUACUGAGGCGACCUCAGCUGAAGUAUUGUCAAUUUACUCUAUUUGAAUCCCAUGCACGUGGCCUGGGAGAUAAAAUGGGUGAUGUGGCUGGGGGAAAGGGGCUCUGGUUGUCAUGAUUUGAAUAUUUGUUUUCCUAAAGUAUGUGUUUUUCUUGAGCAAAAAUGUUCAUUCUCCAUCAGCAGGAAAACAAGCUAUUGCUUUUCUUAAGGAGCAAGGUAAUUCAUGUUGCCCCUUCUGAACAAAGCGGUUGUACUGUGCCUAUUUUUAAAAGAAGAGAUAACUUAAUUGCUCUCAGGUUUUUCUCCUACAUUAAUUUUACACUGGUGUAGUGUAGUUUACUGAUCUACCAAUGCAACUGAGAGUACAAUUGAACCUUUUGUUUUAGUUGGUAAGGUGGGGAUAAUGCUUACCUCAUGUGCAUAUGUCUUAGGAUUUAGUUCAUUUAUGUCUAUAAAGGUUAACAGAAGAUGAAGUGGCACUGCUAAGCUAAAGUGCAUUGUCCUCAGGGAAUGGCAGUGUCUGACUAGUUUUUGCACAAUAGAAAACUUGUGAUGAAAUGCAAAAUUGUUUCUUUUUUUGGUAGUGAAUAAAGCUCUAUCUCUGUCUCCUACCACCCCCCCCCCUUUGAAUGGAAACAAGAAAAAUACCAUUUCAAGAUAGAUUUAUUUCUCCUUCUCUGCACAUCUUUGUGCACCAAUUUGGCCUGCUUGCUAGAGAAACAUGAAUUUUAAAUUAUUUUUAAAAAUACAGCUAGAUUGUUUUUAAAAGUGCAUAGUUAUAGAGACAGCAGGACAGGGACUGGAUAUCUACAGUGACAGGUGGGCUUCUCUGUGGAAAAUCUUUGUGGAACUUUUGAUCUUCAGUUAUGGCCUCUUGAAUCAGAAGCGUGGUGAGCUCCUGCAGUGCCCCGGGCAGAGUGCCGACCACUGGAAGGGUGUGGUGUCUUACCUGUCCUAGCUGUCUUCACACUCUGGAGGCAGCUGCUGCUGCAUCUGAACUCAAUCUUGCACCAACUGCAGCAGAGGGCACCAGAAUGCCCCCCUCCUUUCCUCCAGGACUCCAAGAGUCUUUGCACUGACCAGUGCAGCCCAGCCAUAGAAGCUGGGCAGCCCUGCACCCAGGAGUGUAUGGGGUUGAGGGGUCAAAUGAAAUAGAGCCCUUCCCAGGAAUUUUGCCAUAUGAGGUGCAUCUUCUUGCCCAGUGGUAUGUCAGGGAGGGAGGCGAAUGAGGCACUAGGGUCCAGUCCUGUAGCAACAAAGUCUGGCACCCGGGGCAAAGCCCGCAGCAGCAGCCUGUCCUCGCUCCAUGCACAGAUCAGGAGGGCACAUGACCCCCCAACUUGCCCAGGAGCACAUGCAGUGGUUGGAGCUGCCCUCCCCCUGUGCCCCCCAAAAUGAGCCACUCAUGGCUCUGUCCUGUGCCCUGCCCCAACUGGGCAGCACCUGCUGGCGUCCCUUCGCUUUGAUACCUGGGGCAGUCACCUUGCUCACCCCCGCCCCCCACCCUUGCUAUGGCACUGCCUUUGGGAAGCCUGUGCCAUAGGGUUGCUGUAGCUAGUGUGUGGCAUUUAGCUGCAGCAGCCUUGGAGCACCGCCCUGUCCAUCCCCUGCCAGUUACUGUUUGGAAUGGUCCAGGCAUAGACUGAUUUAUAAGAGUUACAGCUGACGGCCUUCUGGAGGCAGAUGUGAAAUGAAUUCAGGACUAAGCACCAGCCCUGCAUUUCAGAAAGAAAAUAGUGGUCCAAACCUUUAUGCUGGCACCACUGAACUAUGAACCAAAAGAGAUAGUUAGCUGCGCUUAUCUGAAGCAAUGAUUUUCAGCCUUUUUAGACUCAGAUCAGCCCUUGGAAAGUGCCAGCUCUCAGGUUUCACUCCUUUUUGGACUACAGGAAAAUACUAGAGCAAUUCUUCUGUUGCAAAUAACUCUGAAAGAACACAACAGGCCAGAGUGGUUUUAACACUAUGGAUUCCUAUUUGAAAUCUCUGGGUUUAUUUAUGAAUCAUGUUUGCACAGCGAACAAUACUAACAUUGCACUGUUGCACCCUAGUUGAGAAUCACUGGUCUGAGUCAGGCAGAAAGCAGGGUAGAGUUGCACCUGUGAAACUAUUACAACCUGGAUGUAGGUUUUUUCAAGUUCUUUGGGUUUCUUCUGUGAGCAGCAGGUAUGCAGAAUGCACUGUUUCAUAACUUUGCUGGCAGGCUGUCUGUUGCGCUGCAAGGAGUACAAGCUGACUUGUUUUUCUUUUCCUGCAAAUAUCAUAAAGAAUGACCAAGUAAGUCCCCAGGGAGCUUGCAUAAGCCACUGCAGUAGAGUUACAAUUGGAUUAUAUAAGUCUGUCUCUGUCCAGAUCCUGGGGGGAAGUUGGUAGGAAGGUGAGUUAUGACCAGUGAGGAUGUGGAAACACUGAACUUACCUGCCUGGAGAACAUGAUUGCACUUUAUGAGAUGUGUCAGGGCUUUGGAAUUUGUUUUCAUUCUGCAUCAGAACAAAAAUUAGACUUUUCUGAUAUUUUUGCAAAAUGUAUGCGUAUGAGAGGGAGAGAUUCAACGAAGUGGGGUCCCCUCAUGUCCCAGGUGAAUGCCCUAGAACAAGGUGACUGGUUAUUCUGAGGCCUCUUUCUCUCUCAUUUUGACCAGAAAUCCCAUUCUGAAAGUGAGAAACCUUCCUGAUGAAAGUUUUGUCAAAUCCAAGUGGUGUACUAAAUUUGGUUAAGGGGUGGGUUAAAUGGAAAUGAAAUGAUUGGUGAGACUAAUCUGGUCUCAAAUCCUAAUUUAUUGAACACAUAGGCCAUACCAAGAUUUAAGCAAGGCUUUAAAUACAACACCCAGCUUCUAAGCAAGCCCUAACAGUCAGUAUAGAUAUUCUUACAAGAGCCUUUCAGUGGACACAGUGAUUUCAUCCGGCCAGGCAUCCAUCAUGGCACCAGGGUUCAAGUACUUGCUGUUUCUUUUCCUGUGUAUCACUCUCCCUCAACUUUAAGUUUUUUUCCUAGGUUUUUAGAUACUUUUUUACACUUCUCUUCUGUAUGUCCCAUAUACAGUUAUGUCAUACAUAUUCACCAAUCACCUUUUACAGUGCCCAUCUCCCUGUCAGGCUGCUGUCAGCACUCUGUUGUCUCAGGCAGCUAAACUACAUCUUCUUUUAACUUUCUUGCUGACAUGAGUUAUAAAGAGGUUACCCUAAACUGUGACCCACUUGCUUUGCUUUUAGUUAGUAGCAUUAGUUAUGUCAAGGCACAAAAUGACAUUGCUCGUGCUAAGCAUUUUGCUAAGGUGGCUUUCAGAACUACACAAGACUUCUCUGCAAAAUGUUUGUUUAGAUGAAUCAGAAUUUUUGGUGGAAAAGAAAUGUUGUUGUAAAACCAGAGGUAACAGUUACACUUAGGCCCUUUAUGCCACAGUGUCAAUAAAUUAAAUUUACACUCUCUUUAAGGCUCAUUUACAGGUCAUGUGAACACAGACAAAUUGCCACCAGCUAAAGAAGUGAGGGAGAUUUACAGAAUGCCAGCAGCUCUUAGAUGAUUGCCUGUGUGCAUGUUCUCAAUGCACAGUAAUCAAAAGCGGGCUAGGCAGAAGGCAGGGCAGGUUGGCACCUUUAAAGACCUACUGGUUUAGAGGCAUAAGCAUUCACAUAAAUAGGCUUUGAAUGUUGACAUUUUAAAUGCAUGACAUGGGCUAACUAAAGCCAGUGCAUUUGGAGGAGGGUGAGUGAGGUGGCUUUGUGUUCAGAGUCAAGAGUGCUGUUCAGGGUGCAAGGAGAGAAAAGGGGAAAAGCUGCUUCUCCAAGAAAGAGAGAAAGAGCGCCUCAUUUCAGUCUUGAUUAUCUGGGUGUAAAUCUAGAGUGAAUUCAUGUAAGCACAUGACCUCACAAGGGAGACAAAGUGGGGCAGUUUGUAUUGCAUGUAUGCCCUCAGGAGCUAGUCAGAGAUCCCCACUAUAUAUGGAGCACAGGGGAGAAGAUCCAGGGCAACUGGGAUUUUAUAGGUUAUAAUUACACCUUAAACUAUGGUCAAAGGCCUAUAAAGCAAGACAGUUCAAAUCGUGGAUCUCUUAUCUCAUAUGCUAUCAAUGAACUGGCCCACUCAGUGCCCUCAUCCUUAAUUCCUACUGAAGUUGAGGAUACAGGGUGUACAGCAGCUCCAGGUGUUGCUCAGCAUCUUGCAGGCUCAAGCUCAUUAAGGAGACAAUUUUUAAUACAUUUUUUGAAUUCCACCUAAUUUUCUAUUUUCCUUUGGUUUGGUAUAAACAUUCCUCUGCAUUUCUUGUAACCCAUUAAAAUGCUGCAUCAGUGUAUAGAAACACAGAUUGUUUUCCCAAGUAAAGGCAUAGUGAAACAAGCAGAGAGUAUUAAGGAUGGAAUACCUACUUUGAAACUAUGUAGCAUGAAUUAGCUAUGGGGAUAUUAGUAAUACAAAAAAAUCUAUAUAUUUAAGCAUGUGAUUUUGUGUAGCAUAGUCCCUUUAGUCUAGGUUAGUGUAUCCCAAUGUAAAACCAGUGAAAACAAUACAGCUAAACCCCAGAAUGUAUGUUCUGACAACUGUUUCUGUCUUCUGACAGCAGCUUUGGCUUUUCUUUUUUAAAUAAGAACAUUUUAGACCUGCCAGUGUCAGCCAGAAGCCUUUCAAAUAAAGUCUUUCUUAUACAUCAAAUCUUAACUUUAAGCUCAGCACCUAUUCUCUUUUCAAGAGAAAAGAGGCCUGUGUUUGAAUGUUGCAUAUGACUAGGCUACUAGAACUACUAAAUCAUUAAUGGGAAUAAAGGGCAAGAAUCGGGCACUUCAUUUCUAGAACUGUUUAAAGGGAUUUAGAAUUUAACCAUUAAUCCACAUAUUUUCCUUACUGUACCUCUUUGUUUACACCAAGAGAGGGUGUCUGUCUCCAAGUGAAUAUAUUCUAGUGGAAUCUGUCUGAUUAACUUUGCUUGCUGUGUAUACGGAAAAUAAAAGGAAGAAAAUGA